AUGGUUCCAUCUUUCAGCGCCGCGCUGUGUCUGCUACCUUUCGCCCUAGCGGCGCGGAACAGCGCCGAGGCAGACGAGCUCUCAGUCUCUGCAGUGUCCAGCUCGGAGGCGGAAGCCUUUCAGCGCUUUGUGCAGAAAUUCCACCGCAGCUACGAGGCCGGCAGCUCAGAGUUCCUGCGGCGCCGGCGCCUCUUCGCGGAGACUCUGCGCGCCGUGGAGCGCCAGAACGCGAAGCCUUCGCCCUGGAGGGCGGCGGUGAGCUUUUUGGCGGACCGCACGGCCGAGGAGGUGGCCCAACUCCACGGUUACCGCCGCUUGGGUCUCGGAGCUCUAGCGCCGAUGGCGCCCUCGCCAUCGGGCUCCUUCCUGGAGCGGUCGCGGCACCGGGAGCUUCCGGCGGAGGUGAGCUGGGGCCAUCUGUGGGCCGCGCAGCCCGGGAAGGUGAGGAACCAGAGGUGUUCCAACUGCUGGGCGGCUGCCACUUCCACUUUGAUGGAGCUUCACAUCGAGCUCCACUUCGGAGCGAAUCGUACGGUGAGCGUGGAGUCUGUGACGCAGUGUACGGAGGACCCAUUCAACUGCGGGGGGACUGGGGGCUGCGGGGGCUCCACUCCGGAACUGGCGCUGCAGAACAUCCUGGUCAACGGCAUAGGUGAGAAGGAGGAUGUCGCGGAGUGCGGCGCUGGCAAGGCUAUCGUGGACCCCCACGAGCCUAGUCCCCACGAGUGGAUGCCGGGCAUGCGGGCUGCGGCGGCAGACAGUCCGGCCAGGAGCUUUGGCAUGGUGGGCUGGGAGCGGCUGAGGGCGAACCGCGGGGAGGUUUUGAUGCGCGCGCUGGCGGAGAAGGGCCCUGUGGCUGUGGCCAUCUCCACGGACUGGACGAUCUAUGGCAGCGGCAUUUUCGAUGGCUGCAGCAGCAGGAAUGCGGUGAUCGGCCACUCGGUGGUCCUCAUCGGCUACGGGGAGGAUCCCACGAUUCGGGGCGACCGGGCGAUGAAGUACUGGCUGCUGCAGAACUCUUGGGGCUCUUCCUGGGGCGAGAAUGGGCGCUUCCGCCUGAAACGCCACGCGCCGGAGGUGGAGCAGGCCUUCUGCGGCCACGACGACCAGCCGCAGCUGGGCACCACCUGCGACAAGGGCCCCGCCUCGGUGGAGGUCUGCGGCACCUGCGGGAUUCUGUUCGAGUUGAGCUAUGCUGUGAUUGCAGCUACGUUUCAUCCGCUGGAGCCACCGGCUGAGGCAGCCGCCGGCAGAACGCCCCGCGCCCGAAUUCCGCGCCGCGCGGAGCUUCCGCGCCGUGCCGUCGCUGGCGAGGCGCCAGCGCUGCUGGCGCGGUGCAAAGACCUGGCGGUUGCGUGGAAGCCCCGGGGCUGGUGCGACAGGAAACCGAAAGGCCACUUGCACAAAGACUUUCUCGCCUGGGCAGCGCAGGCUCUGGAUGCAGAUGAGCUGGAUCUGAGCUCUUUGUACCGCUUGGGCGUCGCCGGCUGCGGCGUGACGCUGCUGGGCUCCCGAAAAGCGCUGCGCGGCGUCGACGAGUCCAAGGUGCGGGUGACCUGUGCACUGCUGGUGGCAGGGAAGCCGAAGAUGGAGGGCGUCCAGGUCCUGCGCAGCUCCGAGGGCCUUCGCCACGGCCGCCUCAGCCUCCUCCGCGCCGACGCCUCAGAUUCGGCGGCGGAGGCGGCGCCGGCGGCGGUGCGGAGGCUGCGGCAGCGGCUCAAAGCGGCGGGGCACGAAGUGCAGGGGCCCAACGGUGGCCGGGCCUGGAACGCCCAGGUGUCUUUGGUGGGCCUGGUCGCUUUGCUUUCGGACACGGAGGUUUUGGAAGGCACCGUGCCUUUCGUGCCGCAGCACCUGGAGGAGGUCCUGGACCGUGACCGUGCGCGGCUUCGGCGCUUGCGUCUGGUCACCCACAGGCACUGGUCACCCACUGGCUCCGGCUGGAUGGACUUCUGUGGGGUACGGCUGAAACUGCACCGCGAUGCCUUUGUGCCGCGCGGGGAGAGCCGACACCUGGUGGCGGCCGUGCAACGCCUGGACCUCUUCAAAUCUUCGCACCUGCGGGUGGCAGACCUUACGCUGGGCGUGGGCAACGCGCUCCUGGCGUUGCUGGCGCAAACUCGCCGGGGAAAGGCCACCGGGGUGGGCGUGGACGUGAGCGCCUUGGCAGUGCAGUUGGCCCAAGAGAACGCGGAGCUCAACGGCCUGGCGGAGCGCGUCACCUGCGAGGUGAAAGAUUUCAGAGACCUGGAGGGCGAGUUCGAAGUGAUUCUUGCGAACCCCCCCUACUCGGCUGACAAAGAGCAGCGCAUGAGGAGCUACCGCGACUCGGAGUCCAUCUUCGCGAGUAUCGGCCGCACCGCCUCAGCGCAUUUGGCGCCCGUUGGGCGCCUGGUGCUGCAGGUGCCCAAAGGUGAGACCCAGUUUGUCUCCGAAGCCCUCGGGCCUUUUGGCUUCCGGGUGGAAGCGCGGACGCUGAACACGCUGACCUUGGCCCUCGCUGCCGGCGCCGGCAGGCUGGCGCCGGCGCGCCUGCGGCGGGCUCUGCUCGAGACUCGAGUGGCAGGCAUCCGUGCAGCGCGGAGCUCGGCGUUUUCUCAAAGGCACUUCGGGGCCGCGGAGCACCCGGCGCCCUUCCCGGAUCCGGAUCCUUUGGUGCUGGACAUGUUCUCCAGCUUGAGCAACACCAUCCAGGAGCUGGUGAUGCCGAAGAUGCACAAGGCGAGCUCCGUGAGCAACGCGCCAGACGCCUGCCGUGCAGAUCUGGAGAAGCAUUGCCCCAACGCACGGUCCCAGGUCCACUGCUUGGGCGAGCACCGGGCGGAGAUCUCCGAGCCCUGCCGCAAGGACGUAGGCGCCUCCGUGCCUUUCGUGUGCAGCAAGGCGAUCGGCGAGUUCUGUGAUGUCCUGCGCAGCGGGAUGCUGGGAUGCCUGCAGAAGCAUUUGCCGCAGCUGCCCAGGGACUGCCGGGACGCGGUGGAGAUGACGAGCAGCGCGCUCGGCAGGCUCAGCCAAGCCCCGAAGAACUCGAAGGACCCGCUGCUCGCGGCCCACUCGCCGGACAUGGUGAACCAGCUCCGCGCCGCGGAGAAGCAGGCGGAGGACAAGUUUCAGAAGGACAUGAACCAAGUGGCAACGCUUCUGUCCAAGAUGGAGGUGGACGUGCAGAAGAACAGCCGCAAGCUGCCCAGCGUCGCAGGUUGGGUUCAGCAGCGAGUGGCCUUGGUCAUCAUCAUGGUGAUGAUUUACUGGUUGCUCCGUACGGAGUCCGUCCAGAAGGCCUCUGGCAUGUGGAAGCUCUCGGAAGAUGGCACACCACUCCUGGAGAAGGGCAAGGAGUUGCCCAAGUUCACUGACGAGGAUUUCUUGUGA